CCAACCGACGUAAAACUAGAAUAACAUCCGCAGCAAUUCCACAACGACGAUUCGCUUUUUUCUUUUCUUCUGAAUGAACAUCACGUGAUCUCAAAUUAUCCCAUCCCACGUUCGCGCGUCUCUUGAUUUUCGAAUAUUCAAACUUGAUCCAGCUUCUUCUUUUUAAGAUAAACUCAACUCUCUCUCUCCAGCGGUCAUAUUUACAGAAACAGAUGUCGUCGAAUCUCAACGGCGCGACGCGGAGAGUGCCACUCUCGCUGGCCGAGAUUGAAAAGGCAAAGCAAGCAGAGCAAGCAGCGAUGCAGAAGCCACGAUUUUUGUCGAAAAAAGAACGCGAGCGGUUGGCGAAGGAGAAGAUGGAGCAGGAGUUGGCAGCAACUAAAAGCAAGAGUACAUCAACAACAACAGCAGCUUCAACAACCCCCAGCAACGGACAUAGCAACAGCAGCUCUGCACUGGGCAAGCGAAAAGACACGGAUGCAGACGCAGAACUAGAUCCAGAAGCUAAACUCCUACGUGAGAGAUACAUGGGAAUCCAGGAGAGUAAAGUGCGCCGGCCUAAGAAGCGCGCGACGAAAUCAGACCGCCGGUUUACGUUUGACUGGAACGCGGCCGACGACACAUCAGCAGCGGAUCGGGAUCCCGUGUUUGCUGCUGCCAAGGCUGUCUCUUCUGCUGCUGCUUCAGAUCAGCAGAAGCGGUUGACGAAAGAUGAGUAUGCGAGACGGGAGGCGGAGCUUCGCGAGUUGACGCGCAAGAGUAAGGAUGCCGACUACGACGACCUGCACUGGUCCGAGAAGCCACUGUCGAAGAUGAAAGAGCGCGACUGGCGAAUUUUCAAAGAAGAUUUCAAUAUCUCAACCAAAGGCGGCUCGCUGCCGAACCCGAUGCGGUCGUGGGCCGAGUCUGGUUUGCCGACGCCGCUGCUACGCGUGGUCGAGCAAGUAGGCUACGACGAGCCAUCCGCGAUUCAGCGCGCCGCGAUCCCGAUUGCGCUCUCGUGCCGCGAUUUGAUUGGCGUGGCAGAAACAGGAAGUGGCAAGACCGCGAGUUUUGUGCUGCCGCUGCUGGCGUACAUCAUCGAGCUGCCGACGCUGGACGAGGUGACGAAGGCGGACGGGCCGUAUGCGAUUGUGCUGGCGCCGACGCGCGAGCUGGCGCAGCAGAUUGAGCGGGAGACGCGCAAGUUUUGCGAGCCGCUCGGGUUUCGGUGCGUGUCGAUUGUGGGCGGGCACACGCACGCGGAGCAGUCGCUAAACAUGCAGGAAGGAGCCGAGAUUGUGAUUGCGACCCCCGGCCGGCUGGUGGACUGUCUUGAGCGGCGGGUGCUGGUGCUGAGUCAGUGCUGCUACGUGAUUAUGGACGAGGCGGAUAGGAUGGUUGAUCUAGGGUUUGAGGAGCAGGUGAAUAAGAUUCUGGAGUCGCUGCCGGUGACGAACGUGAAGCCGGACAGCGAGGACGCGGAGAACACGCAAAAGAUGUCAAAGUUUUUGGGAGGGAAGGACCGGUACCGGCAGACGAUGAUGUACACGGCGACGAUGCCGGCGGCGAUUGAGCGCAUAGCGCGACAGUAUUUGCGGCGGCCGGCGACGGUGAUUAUAGGGAAUGCGGGCCAGGCGGUGGCGACGGUGGAGCAGCGGGUUGAGUUUGUGGGAUCAGAGGAGCGCAGGCGGCGGCGCAUGGCGGAGAUUGUGGAGUCGGGAGGGUAUGCGCCACCGAUUAUUGUGUUUGUGAACCUGAAGCGGGACUGCGAGGCGGUUGCGCGGCAGUUAACGGGGCUGGGGUGGCGGGCGGUGACGCUGCACGGGAGCAAGUCGCAGGAGCAGCGCGAGGCGGCGCUGGCCGCGCUGCGCGAUGGGCAGGCGGAGGCGCUGGUGGCGACGGACGUGGCGGGGCGAGGAAUCGACGUGCCGGACGUGAGUCUGGUGCUGAACUACAAUAUGGCGAAGAACAUUGAGGCGUACACGCAUCGCAUCGGGCGCACAGGCCGGGCGGGCAAGUCGGGCGUGGCGAUUACGUUUCUGUCGAACGAGGACCAGGACACGUUUUACGAUUUAAGGCAGAUGCUAAGCAAGAGUCCGCUGAGCAAGGUGCCGGACGAGCUGCGACGGCACGAGGCGGCGCAGGUGAAGGUGGGGACGCGAAAGAAUAUCCAGUGAGAGAGGGAGGGAG